AUGGUUUCCAAAAAGCCGGCGAAGUCCGCGAAGCCCGCGAGCGGGAAGGGGAAGGGGAAGGGGAAGAAGCGGAGAGCUGAGACCUACAGCUCGUACAUCUUCAAGGUGCUGAAGCAGGUGCACCCCGAAACCGGCAUCAGCAAGAAGUCCAUGAUGAUCAUGACCUCUUUAAUUGGCGAUACUUUCGAUAAAAUUGCUUCGGAAGCUGGAAAGCUGUGCAAAUACAACAAAAAAGAUACGCUUUCCUCCCGCGAGAUCCAGACGGCCGUCCGCCUGGUGCUUCCCGGCGAACUCGCCAAGCACGCCGUUUCCGAGGGCACCAAGGCUGUCACCAAGUACACCGGCAAGUAG